AUGGAAGAAGAUAAGAAAUCUCAGAUAGCAUCUUUUCGACGGUAUGUUAAAUCCCAUAAAUCUAUAAUUUGGAGCAAAACGAGAGACGCAUCGAAGAUUUGUCGUCAGCCUGGAGUAAUUCGUGAACUAGCUGGAUUUUAUACUGAUAGUCGCGAUGAUUUUCUCGACUUUGGUAGAUCGAAAGGUGUGCCAGAAGAAGAGUUGAAUGGACCAACAAUAUCAGAACUGAUUUUUCCAAUUAGUGAAAGACGACUAAUUUCGCAAUUAUUCAAACCGUUUUUCAUGGUUCAUUUUGCUGUUUGGCGCGUGGAACAAAUAACAGAUGGACAGACGUUUGAAAGUGGUGUUAAAUUAGAUAAAUCAUAUUAUUCGCAAGAAAAACGCCGAGAAUAUUGGGAUUAUUAUCGCGAUUAUGAAGUGUUCUCCAAAGAAUUGUUAGUUUUCGAUAUUUAUCUGUUCUAGAAAAUUUAUAAAUUUAUUAUUUUCAGGAGAAAAGGUUCUAUAAAUAUUGCUGGUCAUCUAGAAGAAAUCGCAUUAUCAUUAACAAAAGAAAUCUCUGCUGGUUAUAUUGAACAUGAAUGGAGAACAAACAAUAAAGAAUUGAAAUGUGUAUGGUUUCAAGAACUUAUAAAUGUUAUGAAUAGUUGGAGUUCAAUGGCAACAGGAAUAGAUUUAUCCAAUAUUUUAACAUAUCAAAUUUGCAAAGGAGCUAUUCAUCAAAUGACCGAGCAUAUUUAUCGAAUUGUUGUUACCGAGUUUCCCAGAAAAUUCAGAACUAUUUUCACACUUCGUUAUUGUAUGCAACAAACAAAUAAUCAUGCCAGAGAUCAUUUGACAAAAUAUCUUUUAUCUGAAGUUGAAAAAUAUCUUUUGCUUGCAUGUAAGUCAAUAUUACUAUCAGAAACCUUUAUCUUUUCCUAUAAUUUUCCAGCUGUGGACACCAAAAUCAUUCUAAAUGCUUAUGCGUCUUGUGUUGAAUCGCUUCGUGAACUUGAUUCAACUUGUAUUAUAAUGCAUCGGAUAUGUGGAAUUAUCAAAGAGUAUUUGAAGUAAAAUGAAAAUAUUCAAAUCUCCCCGAAAAUGUGAUUUUUUUUUUCCAGAAAACGAAAUGAUACUGUUCAACAAAUUAUUAGCUAUAUUACUUCGGAUAAAAAAGAGGAAUUGGAGAAAGAUCUGGUGAGUUGAAGUUCCACUUCUUUUUAUCACUUGUAAAAAAUACGUUUCCAGACGAAUUCGAAAAGAAGUGCAAUGAUGGAUGAAGAUGAAUUGAAGGGUGUAAAUGAUGAAUUCCUACCAGAAAAUAUGGAUCCAACUGGAUGGUAUGAAUGGGAACCACAUCCAUGUGAUUCAGUUAUUGGAGAAACUGCGCAUGGUAGACAAAGUAUUGAUGUGUUCAAUAUGCUUGUAUCGGUUUAUGGAAGCAAAGAAUUGUUUGUCAAGGAAUAUCGAUCAUUGUUGGCUGAAAGAAUGUCGAAUUCUGACAAGAAAGAUGUAGGUUUUCUUUUCUUUUUUAAUGAAGAUAUCAAGUUUUCACGCAUAAUUAUAAUAUUUCAGCCAGUUUUCGAGCGUCGUUAUUUGGAGUUGCUGAAAUUGCGUUUCCAAUACAGCGAAUUGCAACACUGUGAUGUUAUGUUACGCGAUGUCGAGCACUCUCAACAUGUCGAUCAAUGUGUUGAGAAAUUCACUGGACUUCCAGUUUCUGGUUGUAUUGUAUCAGCACAUUAUUGGCCGAAAAUUGAGCAGGAAAAAGUUGAGGAUAAUUAUGGAGUGAUGCCAGAAGCACUUUCAAAUGCGAUGAAGAUUUAUGCGAGAAAAUAUUCGGAGGUUCGAGAACAACGAGAACUUUGUUGGUUGAAAGAUAUUGGAUGUGUUGAGAUUGAUCUAGAAUUGGAUGGGGUUAGAAUCGAAAAAACUAUUCCAAAUAUGUAUGCAACUGUUUUAUAUCUUUUGUUGGAAAAAGGUUAGAAUCUUACUUAUUUACUUCAAAAUUCUAAAUAGAGAGUUUCAGAAUCUUGGACUGCUCCUGAAGUUGCUGAAAAAUUAGGAUUGACAACUUCACAUGCGAGACGAAGACUUGAUUGGUGGAGAAAACAAGGACUUCUCACUGUUGGAGUCAUGCCUGGUGGAACAUUGGAAUUAUGGUCAUUGACAAAGAAUACAAAUGGAUUGGCAUCGAAUCGUGCGAAAUCUCCUGAACCAAUUGAUGAAGAUGAAAUGGCGAUUGAUGAUUCGGCUGAUAUUGUUGAAUCACUUGAACAAUAUUGGGGAUAUACAAGGAAUUAUAUUGUGAGUUUUAUUGACAUCAAUUAAAAAAUGUUAUUAUUUGAAAAUAAAUUUUUUUUCAGUCAAAUCACGGUGCAAAUGGUGAAGUGAAGGCAGAACGUAUGCAUCGGGUUUAUAGAAUGUUUGGAUCACCAACUUCUGGUCCAACUCUUGAUCAUGUGACUACAUUCCUUCAAAGAAAAGUUCAACUUGGUCUUCUUACAUGUUCAAAUGGCUAUUAUCGGGUUGUACAAAAACAAUAG